CUGAAGGACCAAAACCCAUUACUACUACUACUGACCUAAUCAAUUCAUCCCCUUAACUCUGUUUCUAACAUUUCAUCCCAAUUCACUUGGAAUCCUCAACCAUCCCUGCCACAAUAAAGCCCCCAACUAACCCUCAUUUUCUUACUUACUACAUUCUCUUCUUUCUUCCCCCUCCUCCUCCUCCUCCUCUGUUUUUUCUCGAGAGAGGGGAAAAAAACAGAAAACAGAUAAAAUGUCCGCAAAAUUGUUAAUGGGUUUGAGUGAGGAGAACCCAGAAUUGGAGAGGCAAAUUGGGUGCAUGACAGGGAUCUUUCAAGUGUUCGACCGCCAUCAUCGAAUUACAGGGAGAAGAUUCAGUGGGCAAAAUCAUAAGAGACUCACUUCAGGCCACUCACAAUUAAGCAGCAAUACUUACACGGAAGAACACAAUCCAGGUUCUCCACAAAUUGUUCGGGAACAUAAUCGCAACAAGAGUUCGAAAGAAAAUCAAAAAAUCCCGGUGGAAUCAUCAGCUUCCAUUUCUUCUUCACCCUCAACGUCAUAUUCUGCUUCACAAACUAAGCCCAUCUGCAACGACUUCAGAGAUGUGAUUAAGGACUCUAUUAAUGGAGAAUUUCGGGUUUUAUCUGUAAAAACAUCUGUUAAGGAUGAGAUAAAGAAAGACAAAGUGUUGAAGUAUAGAGACUCACCGAGGCCGAUAAUGUCGGUUGACAUGAAUGAUUCAAUUCAGGUUCUGACUAGACUUAGAGAAGCUCCUCGGUUUUCUUGUGAUGGGAGAGAGAUGACAAGGAGCAAAUCUAUUACCAAACUAAGGGAGCUCCCUAGAUUAUCAUUGGACAGCAGAGAAAGCUCUCUUCAGAGUUCUAACUUCAGUAGAAGCAGUCUAAACCAAGGAAUUCCUAGUGUUGUAGCAAAGCUCAUGGGCUUAGAUGCAUUGCCCAGUUCAGAAUCUCAGGAGCCAACGAAGUUGGCAAGGACUAAUACUGAAAAAUACAGUGGAGAAGGGGAAAAAGAACGUAUUUCAAAACAUAGUUAUCAGCAGACUGAAUCAGUUUAUAGCCAGAUAGAUAGAAGAGCAAAAGAGCUGGAGUUCUCACAUUCCAACAAGGAUCUGAGGGCUCUUAAACACAUAUUGGACACCAUGCAAGCUAAGGGUAUAUUAGGGAGCAAAGAGACUGAAUCUCAACAAUCAAAGAAUCUGAAACCAACGGAUUCGCAAAAAUUCGAGUCCCCAAUUGUGAUCAUGAAGCCUGCAAAGUCUAUUAAAAGAUCUGAAGGCCUUGAAGGCCUCAAAAAGGUUCAAACAAGCGAUCCAGCAACUAGGAAAAAGGCUAAAGAUCAAACCCCUAAAGAGAAGAAAACUGAAGAGAGUAAUUCACAGAAGAUUCGGGCUCCAUUAAUGCAGAGAUCACCUAGGCGUCAGCAGCCAUCGAGAGAAAGAAGUGAAAGCCCAGUGAAGAGUUCAGGGUCUUCAAGCCCGAGAGUUCAGCAGAGAAAGAUUGAACCUGAGAAGAAACCACGGGCCUUAACUAGAAAGAAGAAAGCCGAGAGGAAGCCAUUUGAGCCUCUUUUGCAAAAUAGAAAUCUUCGAGUGAAAUCUCAAAUUCAAAUGGAUGAUAACCAAGGCAAAAAAUCUGCUGAGAUCUGUCAAAGGGAACAUGGAGAUAUUAGCUCGGCUACCAUGAUAAUAAAUUCUCCGUCGUGUGAGAAAGACAAUGAAAUGAUUCAAAACGAGGAUACUUCAUCUAUUGAUUCUGCAAUAGUUUCAGUAGAGCAGCCAAGCCCCAAUUCUGUCCUAGAAGCAGCAUUUUACCAGGAUGACUUACCUCUCUCUCCUAUGAAUAAAAUCUCAUGUACAAAUGAAGAUAAUGAUAAGAUGAUCUCAAUGAACCUAGCCAAUGCCAUCACAUCAAAGCUGAGCUCUGAAAUCCAUCUGCAAAAACGCUGCGUCAUCAAGAACUUGGUCAAUGAUCUAAGUCAGAUAAGCCCAACAGAUGAUGACUGUGAUCAUGUUUUUCAAAUACUAAUGUCUGCAGGCAUUCAAGAAAACACACCUCAGCCAAAGUCUAAUGCGGAUAAGCUCCAUCAAGACCUCAUAUUUGAUAUUAUAAAGGAAAUCUUAGUACAAAAACUGGAGUUGAUGAUUCAUGGACCUCAAAUUGAUCUCUUCAAUCGAGCCAAGAAGAUCAAUAGUCAGUACUUAUGGACUGAAUUAUGCUCAGAAAUCAAGCAAGUAUUAGUCAAGAGGCCAACAUCCAUGAACGUGGAGGAAGAGGACUUGAGAUUUCGCAAGGAUUUGCUUAUACAAACUUCAUGUGGGUGGGAAGAUUUAGGCAUUGAAGUACCUGGAAUUGUAUUGGACAUCGAGAGAUCGAUAUUUAAGGAUUUGAUUGAUGAGAUUGUGACUAGUGAGGCUUGUUCUAGCUUGCAAGUUAAAGGAGCUAGGAGGCGGAGGAAGCUGUAUGUGUAGGAAAAGAAUUGAUCUAACUUGUAAUGCUACUGUUAUUUUUCUUGUUAUUAUGGAUAGAAGAUAAAUUGGGUUUUCUAUCUUAGCUUUUGUAUAGAAGAAUGUCCUUCAGAAAUUUGAAAUAUGUUAAUAUACAUGAUUAAAUAAA